UUUUUUUAACCUAAUCACAACCUCAACCAUAACCUUAACCACACUGCUAUCCCUAACCUUAAACUAAGAACAAAAAGUAAAAUGUUGUUUUCAUGAAUUUAUACGAUAUAUUACGAUUUGACUUUGUGGCUGUGGUAACUAGUGGAAACUGGGUAGCUGGGUGGAUUGGUAGCAGUCACAUGACUGGGAAACGAUUUCAGGGUUAGCUACCAGUUUGCUGAUACAAACUUGAUAAUCAUGCAGUCACCCCAGGACGAGCAGGAAAAGCUACUUGAUGAAGCCGUGCAGGCUGUCAAGGUCCAGUCAUUUCAGAUGAAACGUUGCCUGGACAAGAACAAGCUGAUGGAUGCAUUGAAACAUGCAUCUAACAUGCUGGGGGAACUCAGGACCUCCAUGUUAUCGCCAAAGAGCUACUAUGAACUCUACAUGGCCAUCUCGGACGAGCUCCACUACCUGGAGGUGUACCUGACAGAUGAGUUUGCCAAGGGCAGGAAAGUGGCUGACCUCUAUGAGCUGGUUCAAUAUGCAGGGAACAUCAUCCCCAGACUUUACCUGCUGAUCACUGUGGGGGUGGUGUAUGUUCGCUCCUUCCCUCAGUCGCGUAAGGACAUCUUGAAGGACCUGGUGGAGAUGUGUCGUGGGGUGCAGCACCCGCUGAGAGGCCUGUUCCUCAGAAACUACCUGCUACAGUGCACCCGCAACAUCCUGCCUGAUGACGGGGAGCAGCUAGAAGGGGAGGAUGCGAUGACGGGAGACAUUAACGACUCCAUUGACUUUGUGCUGCUGAAUUUUGCUGAGAUGAAUAAGCUGUGGGUGCGCAUGCAGCACCAGGGCCACAGCCGAGACAGGGAGAAGAGGGAGAAGGAGAGGCAGGAGCUGCGCAUCCUGGUCGGGACCAACCUGGUUCGACUCAGCCAGCUGGAGGGGGUCAAUGUGGAAAAGUAUAAACAGAUUGUGCUGUCCGGUGUCCUAGAGCAGGUGGUAAACUGCCGAGAUUCCCUGGCUCAAGAAUAUCUCAUGGAGUGCAUCAUUCAGGUUUUUCCUGAUGAGUUCCACCUUCAGACACUGAACCUAUUCCUUCGUUCCUGUGCCGACCUGCAUCAGCACGUCAAUGUCAAAAACAUCAUCAUUGCUCUCAUUGACAGACUGGCUUUGUUUGCUCACCGAGAAGAUGGACCUGGAAUCCCUGCUGAAAUCAAACUGUUUGAUAUUUUCUCCCAACAAGUAGCCACAGUUAUACAGUCCCGCCAGGACAUGCCUUCGGAGGAUGUGGUCUCACUACAGGUGUCCCUCAUCAACCUGGCCAUGAAGUGCUACCCUGACCGGGUGGACUAUGUGGACAAGGUGUUGGAGAGCACAGUGGAGAUCUUCAACAAGCUCAACCUGGAGCACAUUGCAACCAGUAGCGCGGUCUCGAAAGAGUUGACUAGGCUGCUGAAGAUCCCAGUGGACACCUACAACAACAUUCUGACUGUUCUGCAGCUCAAGCACUUCCCUCCGCUCUUCGAGUACUUUGAUUAUGAGUCCCGCAAAAGCAUGAGCUGUUACGUUCUGAGCAACACUGUGGACUACAACACCACCAUUAUAGCCCAGGAGCAGGUGGAUGCCAUCUUGACCCUGGUGUCGACACUGAUCCAGGACCAGCCAGACCAGCCCGCUGAAGACCCAGACCCAGAGGACUUUGCUGAGGAGCAGAGCCUUGUGGGUCGCUUUAUCCAUCUGCUGCUUUCCGACGACCCCGACCAACAGUAUCUGAUCCUGAAUACAGCCAGGAAGCACUUUGGUGCUGGGGGGAACCAGAGGAUUCGCUACACUCUUCCACCGCUGGUGUUUGCUGCCUAUCAGCUGGCUUUCCGCUACAAAGAGAACUCUUCAUCAGAUGAUAAAUGGGAGAAGAAGUGCCAGAAGAUCUUUUCGUUUGCCCACCAAACCAUCAGUGCUCUGAUCAAGGCUGAGCUGGCUGAGCUGCCUCUCAGACUCUUCCUACAGGGGGCGCUGGCCGCAGGAGAGAUUGGCUUCGAGAACCACGAGACUGUGGCCUACGAGUUCAUGUCACAGGCCUUCUCCCUGUAUGAGGAUGAGAUCAGCGACUCCAAGGCUCAGCUAGCAGCCAUCACGCUGAUCAUCGGCACGUUUGAGAGAACGAAAUGCUUCAGCGAGGAGAACCACGAGCCUCUGAGGACGCAGUGUGCGCUCGCCGCCUCCAAACUGCUCAAGAAGCCAGACCAGUGUCGGGCCGUCAGCAUCUGUGCACACCUCUUCUGGUCCGGACGCAACACUGAAAAGAAUGGAGAGGAGAUUCGUGACGGGAAGAGGGUGAUGGAGUGCUUAAAGAAGGCCCUGAAAAUCGCCAACCAGUGCAUGGACCCGUCACUGCAAGUGCAGCUCUUCAUUGAGAUCCUGAACAGAUACGUCUGUUUCUACGAAAGAGAGAAUGAUGCGGUGACGGUCCAGGUUCUGAACCAGCUGAUCCAGAAGAUCCGAGAGGACCUGCCAAACCUGGAGGCCAGCGAGGAGACGGAGCAGAUCAACAAACACUUCCACAACACACUGGAGCACCUGCGUCUGCAGAGAGAGUCGCCGGAGGCCGAGGGGCCUGCUUAUGAGGGCCUGGUGCUGUAGGGCUCGCUACACUUCUAAAAAAAUAUCUAUAUAUAUUUACACACACACACACACACACACAUGUACACUCACACCAGGGUAUUCCAUCCAUUGGGGAAAAAUGCCAUUCCCACCAACAACACCUGCCUUCCAUCUCUCUUUCUCUCUAUCCUUUUCUCCUCACUCUUCUUCCUUCUGUCAUCCCUCUUUAUUUCAUGUUACCAUUUUUAGAAAAGGUGUUGCAUUUAAUGGUGUUGCUUUUGAGAAUACAUGGUGUACAGGCUGCGGUUUGCCUUGCACUUCCUGCGUGUUGUCGUUCUUUCAUAUUUGACCAUUUCUGUUGUCCGUCGUCACCCUCAGAAGGCGACGAUAUAGCCAGUGGAAGCUCAUGUUUAAACUUUGACCCCUACUCGUCUCCUCUGUCUGUACGUCAUGAUUUCGCGGUCAUGCAGAAGAAUGAAAUAAUGCCUGCUUUUAGAGAAUGUCGUGUCAUUACGAGGUUGUACCGGGGAGAGUUAUCCCAUUGACCUAACGCUGUGACCCAACAACCCCUUCUCCUCCACGGACUAACACCUGGGCUGUCGGCUGUAGAUUUUCCUUUGCCCUCCUCUCUCUCUCUCUCUCUCAACGGCUUCACUCAUUUGGCUUGAGCUUUUUUUUUUAAUUAUUAUUAUUUCUGGUUUGAGCCUUCUGUGGUUGACAGCCAUUUGUAGAGAGUUAAGCGGUGUGCGUCGGUGCAUGCUUUUACAUAGACCUGCUCUGGAUGAGUGGUGGGAGGAACUGAUGUGUAUGAUACCCCUUUGUCACUGGAGCUUAUACAGUGGCGGCUAACCUUCAUUUCUUUGACGUCCACGUUGAUUAAAAGAUCUUCGUUGGAGGUGGGUUCUAUUCAUCUCGUUGUCUUCUGGAUUAUGAACCCUAUGUAUUGUAUGUAUGACCUACUUGUAAAUCAGCAAAAACAGAAUAAAUAUCAUCAAUAUCAUGUCAUUUGCACAAAUAAACAAAUUGAUAUUAACCCUA